UGUGCAGCUUAUUGAGUCUUCUCGACACUUUAGCACGAGUCAGCCUUCUUAUCAUAUCAGUACAGCUCCUGUUAUCUCAGAAGAAGAAUCCAAUAAUACUAAUAACAAUGCAGCAUCGGAAAAAUUCCAGUUUAUUGCUUAUGCUGCCUGGCACCCAAAAACAAGACAAAAGCCAGUAUCACAAAAGAAAGUACCCUAUUGGAAAGAACAUCAAAAGCCUGGUAAAGUAGAUGCAGGAGAAGAUGCAUUUUUCCAGACAAAUACGCCUGAAGGACUUGCGAUUGGUGUUGCCGAUGGUGUUGGUGGCUGGGGCUUAGUGGGUGUCGAUCCCGCCUUAUUCUCUUGGACAUUGAUGGACAAUGCUGCACUUGUAGCCAAGACAGAGAAAUCAAUUGAUGCUCAUCAAAUUCUCGAUAUCGCUUUCUACGAAUUAAGAAAAAGCGGAAAGGUGGCUGCUGGAAGUAGCACAGCUUGUAUAUUGAACUUGUCAAAGACGACAGGACAAAUGACAACGUGCAAUUUGGGUGAUUCUGCUUUUGUACUUGUACGCGAUAAAAAGAUUGUCUAUGAAAGUCCUAGUCAGCAACACUACUUUAAUUGCCCAUAUCAAUUAACAGUAGUACCCGACACCUAUCCAAAUCGAGAUCAAUUAGUCACCGACAUGCCAAAAGACGCAGACAAUAAGAGCUUUUUCUUAAAAGAAGGCGAUUUAAUUUUACUGGCUACAGACGGCUACUUUGACAACAUGUAUUCAGAAGAGACACUUGAAAUGAUCAACGAGGGCAUGAAACCUAUUUUAGAAAAUGAAAACAAGGAUGAUGAACUAGUCACAGCCACCAUAAGAAGUCUGGCAAAAUCACUUACUGAUAGAGCACGACGUUUAAGUCUCAAUCCUAAGCGUCUCAGUCCUUGGGCAAAGGCUGCACAGGCUCAUGGAAGCAAUUAUAGAGGUGGAAAGGUGGAUGAUAUUACUUGUAUUGUAACUCUUGUAUGUCGCAAGAAACAAUGAACUUGAUAAAAUUGUGUGUAUUUAUUAUUUUUUGAUUAAUUUCAAAGCUAAAUAAACAAAAAAAGACUGUACAUUUAUACCUAAA